GCAGCGGCGGCGGUGGCAUGGCCGUGGCCCGCGGGGCCGCGGGAGCGGCGGCGCGGGGAGAUACUGAGUGUAUUUUGGAGCCUCUGUCUCUGCCAGAAAGUCCAGGUGGUGUUGAUGCAGUAGAAAGUUCUCCCGAUGUGCCUUGUAUUUUCUGCAAAGAAUGCUAUGUCUUAGCAGAACAAAACCAGCUCCUGAAGCACAUGAUUAUUGAACACAAGCUCGUCAUAGCAGAUGUGAAACUGGUGGCAGAUUUUAGAAGCUACAUCCUGUACUGGAAGAGGAGGUUUGCAGAACAGCCUAUCACAGACUUUUGUAGCGUGAUAAGAACAAAUUCAAAAGCUCCACUAGAGGAACAGGACAAUUAUUUUCUUUUAUGUGAUGUUUUACCAGAAGACAGAUUACUUCGAGAACAGCUUCAGCAAAAGAGACUGAGAGAAAUUCUAGAACAGCAACAACAAGAGAGAUAUGACACAAGUUUUCAUAGUAUGUGUAUGUUCUGUGAUCAAGAAUUCACAGGAAACAGAUCUGUUCUUCUCAAUCAUAUGGCAAGAGAGCAUGCCUUUAACAUUGGGCUGCCAGAUAACAUUGUGAACUGCUACGAGUUUUUGGCUGUAUUACAGGGGAAGCUUGACAACUUGCAGUGUUUAUACUGUGAAAAAGUCUUCAGAGACAAAAACACACUUAAAGAUCACAUGAGAAAGAAGCAGCAUCGCAGAAUCAAUGCUAAAAAUAAAGAAUACGACAAAUUUUAUAUCAUUAAUUACUUGUUGCUCCAAAACUGGUGGCCUUGCCCAUGGCUAUCUCCUGGGAAUGGUCUGUGGUCUGUGUGCUUCCUGACCCGUGUGCAGGAAUUUGGAAAGUCCUGGGAGGAAGUGCAGUCAGAGGAUGACCGGGAAUUACUAGAUAACCUAGAAGAAGAUUGGUCUGACUGGGAAGAGCAUCCUGUAUGUGCAGUUUGCCUGUUUUGUGAACAACAAGCAGACACCACAGAAAAACUGUAUCUUCACAUGCAGAAAUCACAUGGAUUUCACUUUCCUAAAAUAAAGUCAGAGCAUGGUCUGAACUUCUAUCAGCAAGUAAAGCUAGUGAAUUUCAUCAGAAGAGAAAUCCAUCAUUGUCGUUGUUACAACUGCCAGGAGAAAUUUGAAUCCAAAGGAGGAUUGAUAAGUCAUAUGGAAGAGACCAAACACAUUGCAUUCCUGCCACCCAGGUCUACAUGGGAUCAACCACAGUAUUAUUUUCCUACCUAUGAAAAUGAUACACUCCUUUGUGCACUGUCAGACAGUGAAGAUGCAAAAGCUGAGGAUCAAAGUGAAGAAGUGCCUGUUGUAGGUGAAGAUAUAUCCACUCUAAAAGCUCUCAAACAGAGUAGUGUUUUAAACCAGCUUCUGUGUAAAGAGAACAAGAGUCAGGAGAAAUUUUGACCUGGAAGGACAGUGGCUGUUCUUUGUGCUUUUUCUGCAAGACAAAAAAAAAAAAAAAAUCAAUAUUAUUGGAAUACAGUUAAAGUCACAAAUGUUAUCAUCAUGGGACAAAUAUUAAAAAGUGAAUGCUAAAUAAAAAAUUAGAUGUUAA